AUGGGUCAGAUAUUGUCUAACCCUGUUAUUGAUAAGGAGCACCACUCAGGUGCUGAUCUGCUGACAGCGUUUGGGCUGUGUGCCAUGCAAGGGUGGCGUAUGUCCAUGGAAGACGCACAUAUAGUCGAGCCAAACGUUCUUCCGGAGACUGACGACGAGCACAUUGCAUUCUACAGUAUAUUUGAUGGUCACGGUGGUUCCGCGGUGGCGCAAUUCUGUGGGUCUAAGAUGGUCUCAAUCCUGACCAGCCAGGAGUCGUUCAAGGAGAAGAAGUUGAAGCAGGCACUGAUCGAUACAUACUUGAAGACCGACGAGGAGCUGUUGAAGGACCCCGAGAUGAGAAACGACCACAGUGGUUGUACGGCGACCUCCAUCCUGGUCUCUAAGUUGCAACAGACAUUGGUGUGCGGUAAUUCAGGUGACAGUAGAACUGUACUCUCCAUUAACGGUGUCGCGAAGGCAUUAUCCUUCGACCACAAGCCAACUCUGACUAGCGAGAGAUCGCGUAUUGUGGCAGCUGACGGGUUUGUGGAAAUGGAUAGAGUUAACGGUAACUUGGCCUUGUCCCGUGCCAUUGGUGAUUUCGAAUUCAAAUCAAACGAUAAACUGGGCCCACACGAACAAAUUGUCACCUGUGUUCCAGACAUUGUCGAACACAGAUUGAACUAUGACAACGACGAGUUCGUCAUCUUGGCAUGCGAUGGUAUUUGGGAUUGUCUGUCCUCUCAGGAAUGUGUUGACUUAGUUCACCACGGUAUCAUGAAAGGUGACAUGUCACUAAAUGACAUUUCAUCACGUAUAAUCGACGUCUGCUGUUCCCCUACCACCGAAGGUACUGGUAUCGGAUGUGACAACGUCAGCAUCGUAGUCGUCGCACUAUUGAAGGAAAACGAAACAAUCAAUGCUUGGUUUGAACGUAUGAGAAACAAAGGCUACAAACCUCCUCAUUCAUUCGAGGAACAAAGAAGAUCCAUUUUUUCCUAUUACCAAUUCCCAGAAGAUGACGAAAAAGUGUUCGAUGUGACAACUAAGAAACCUCAAGAUAGAUUCAACCAAGACUCAGAGAUAAGUACCGGUGAUGAAGACGAGAGAAAUAAAAUGGAAAUCGAUGAGGACGAUAACGACCGCUCAGGCGCUCAAAAGAAAACCGGUGCAUCGAUUCCAGUAGAUCUCCUGUCACUCGAGGCUUUACUAAAUGGCGCAGGUAAUAUACAACUCAACCAAGGCCCAGACAAUGUAUCAUACAUCAGUGGAUCAAGUUUAACUGACAUGAUCAACUCAUUAUCUAGGGCAGCUGCUAUGGCAAACAAUACCAGAGAUUCCGACUCUGAAGAGGAAGAUACAAAAAUAAUUGAAGAUGUAAGUGAUAAACAAGAGUAA